AUGCCUUGUUUAACAGGUUUUGAAGACAAACCAUUGCCUCCAUACUCACCACAGAAUCCGUUCUACCAGGGGCAGAUCGAGAACCCGUGGACCCCCCCGGCACAGCGCUGGGCAGCUAUAAAGACCAUCAAAACAGUCAUUCAAGGAGCUGAGAUCACGGAUGAUGUCCUUGCAGAAUGUGUUAAGCUGUUCAACGCCAAUUUUGGGACGUGGAGCAAGCUGGCUAAAAAUCAGAGAAACAAAGGUGUACCAGGCUCAGCGGUGGAGGCGAAUGCGAAAACCCUUCGUGAAAACUGCGUUCCUUGCGAAGAAACAACUCUGGCUAGGAUUUAUGUUCAGGACAAGCUUGUUGGUUAUGCAUUCGCAACUCGAUGGCCCCACCAUGAGCGGGAUGGUGAUGUGUGCUGGAUCACCCAGGUGGUAGUUGAUAAAAACUAUCGCGGGGUAGGCCUCGCGACUGCUCUUCUAUCAAAGUUCAAAACCUACACAGACGUCUUAUAUGGCAUUAUGUCACACCACCCUGCCGUGAUCAUGGCGUUGAAACGGGCUAUUCUAGGGACCGGAGUCUCUUACCAUGAUCUGUCCUAUACGCAGGCCUAUGCCAGAGAUGUUCUCCAGGGAUCCAUCAUCGAAACCCACCAAGAUGUGGUACUCCGCGGCACGCUCUUCAAUCAAAUUCCGCGCAACCCUGACGAUGAUGGGAUCGUUUGUUGUGUCGAAACAAAGCUCAUGCUUACGCAUGAUGAUGCACUUUCCGCGCUGAGGUAUCUGGAACAAGAGGGAAAGAAUUGGGAUUUUGGCCAAUUACACCACGGGCUAGAAUUCAUCGCCCUGAUUGAAAAUAGGAGCUGCAAACAGAAACAGGGCUAG